GUAGGGAUCACCAACUGAUAAACUCCUCUCCACCACUUAUCUUGACCCUUCGGCCCGAACAGGCCUCUUCAACGAGCGGAGACGCGGACGUUGGCCGAAUUUCUGUUACUCAAGUGCUACCUUAUUCAGAUAACGGGAGUGUCACCCAGCCAAAGGCUAUGCACUAGGAGGGGAAAGAUAUGCAUGCGCUAUCUUGAUAGGUAAUCGUGACGGAGGGAUCAGCAAGAUCCACGAGACUCUUUUAACCCCAUAUUUUCCCUUCCCCUGUCACCUGGGUUUGGGAGAUUUUGGGGUGGAAGUGCAGUUGCAUCUGUCGCAGAAAUUCGAGAACGAAAGAGCACUUUGUCACUUAGACGACCAGCCUAUUUGGACGCCUCCCAUGUCGACAGACGAAAAGGAUAUCCCGGUCGAGAACAAAAAUGAUCGCAAAACCUCCAUAGAGGAGCCGGGGGUCGGCGAUGUGGACGAUGUCGUGCUCGAUCCGAAAAAGGAGAAGAAACUCCUGAUGAAACUGGACUUAGCCUUUAUUCCCAUUAUUAUGGUGACAUAUUUGUCAUGUUUCUUGGAUCGCACAAAUAUCGGUAAUGUCAAAGUCGCGGGGAUGCCCGAGGAUAUCGGGGCCUCCGAGACGCAGUUUUCGAUCGCCGUGUCCAUCUUCUACGUGACUUAUGUCCUGCUAGAAUCACCAUGGGCGGUGUUGAUGAAAAAGCUUACGCCCCGCAAUAUCCUAACUGGACUGUGCAUCGUCUGGUCUCUAGCGACAAUCUUUACGGGGUUCGUGCAGAACGUCGCUGCACUCUACGCCACAAGAUUGAUUCUGGGUGCUUGCGAAGCGGGACUUUUCCCAUGUCUGAAUCUGUACCUGGCGAUGGUCUACCGGCGGGAAGAGCAGGCCAAACGCGUCUCCUACCUUUUCAGCUCCGCAGCUAUCUCUGGCGCUGUGGGAGGUUUACUGGCAUACGCACUGCUGCAUAUGGACGGGCUAGGAGGAAAGGCCGGAUGGAGAUGGGUCUACAUCAUCGAAGGCCUCUUCAGCAUGGUCUGCGCCGUCCUCAUCUGGUUCGGCCUCCCCAACGAUCCCGCAGAAUCAUACUUCCUGACUGCAGAAGAGAAAUGGAUGAUGCGCGUGCGGAACGAACAACGCCGCAAAUACAUGGGCAGCGACAAGUUCAACUGGGAGGAAAUGUGGACCGCACUGCGCGAUCCUAAACUGGCGUUCAGCGCCGCCACGCAGUUCUGUCAGGACAUCCUGCUCUACGGAUUUAGCACCUUCUUGCCGACAAUUUUGCAGGAUAUCGGAUACAACUCACUGAUGAGCAAUGUGUUGACCGUGCCGGUCUAUAUAUGGGCUGCACUUGUGUUUAUUGCAGUAGCAUAUUGUGCGGAUCGAUUUUCGCGCUUUGCCUCCUACAUCCUAAUCGCCAACAUCUUCGGAAUAAUAGGCUACAUCCUCCUCCUCGCCGUGUCCAACAACCCCGUGAAAUAUUUCGCCACCUACCUCUGCGCGAUCGCCUGUUACACAUGCGUCGGACUAAACGUCGCCUGGCUGAACGUCAAUUUCGCACCGCAAUACCGUCGAGCCCUGGCGGUCGGCGUCCAACAGACCAUCGGAAACUGCGCGGGCAUUGUCGCAGGGCAGAUCUAUCGCAAGUCACCCUAUGUACUGGGUAACUCCUUCUCCUUGGGAUCUAUAUGCGUAGCGCAGAUCCUGGUGUUCGUGCAUGCGAUGUACCUGAGGAGGGAGAACGCCGAGAAGGAGAGGAUUAUCGACGGCAAAGAGGAUACGCGGAGGGUCAGGACCGGUGACGCAGAAGUGGAGUUCAAGUAUCAUUACUAGUAGUCAUCCUGUUCCAGUGGUUCAGGGGCAUUUUGCAAAUAGUUAUGUCAUUCAUCAGACUUUUUCCUUUAUUACUUGGAUAUUUUUCUUGGGAGUGAGGGUUGUACGUACGCUUCAUUGGUGGAUGGGUACAUGACGUCAUGACGUACGUACACAUAAGACUUUUGUUAAGAAGGGAAGAAAAAAGGUACCGUGGGAUAUAUUU